AAGCUCAAUCAAGGAAGUGCAGGGAUCUGCUAGCCAAAAUUAUUGUUUUCUGUUAUUUUUAUUCAAUGAAAUGCUAUUAAAUAAAUCGAUUAACGAUUUGGAAAGAUGAUACCGAGAUGAAUGAGUGUAUGUGCAGGGCGAGUGCAAUUAAUUUCAGGAGGACAAGAGAAGCAGGUGUGACAGAAGAAAAUACCGCAUAGACUCGAAUUUGAAAAUAAUUAAUUUAUUCUUCGUUUAUCAUUUACAAGUUCUUAAUGUGUGUAUGAGUGUUUAACGGAGGAUACUUAUCAGUGUUUUAUUUGAAAUUUUUUAAUGUGAUAUAAACAUCAUAAUAUUUGACCCACUUACGGAGCCUUGUGAGUUGUGGGUUGACCUAUUGGAAAUGAAUGCGGACGAAGCGCAAUGUUAUUUUUAGGAUGUAGCUUUGCAGCUAAUUAAAUAUUUAUAAAUGUCUUUCGCAAUGCACAAUUACAAUUCCAAAUUCUGCCUAAGAUCUACCCGAAUUUUUCUAGUUGGAAUAUGAUAUAGUGGAUAUUAAAUAAUAAAUGACAUUAAAGAGAUGUAAAUAUAAAUAAAUAGUCAAAGUGUGAAUGAAACAACUUCCUUUGAGGGAUCAAUUUAUCAAUAGAAAAGAUUCUUUUAUUAUUGAUAUCAUUUCAUUAAUCCUAUAAAAACUUAGAAUAAAUCAUUGAUUAGGUCAUGUUAAGCUUAAAAGUCAAGUGAGAAUUUUGUACCCUUUAAAUACCACAAACUAAUCAUGGUUUAAUACAAACCGAUAGUUAAUCAAGUCCAAGUUUUAACGAUGGGUUAUUGUAACGUAUUAUGGAGCUCUGGAUCCGUACUAUGGGGUUAGUAGUUUGAGAAUAUAGAAGGUUGGAUGUGGGCCUUACGCCCUAAGGCUGGAUAUAGUCAGUAAUGAAGAAGCAAAAUGUUCGCACUCUAUCAUUAAUUGUGUGCACAUUUACUUAUCUACUGGUCGGUGCCGCUGUUUUUGAUGCACUCGAGUCUACAACUGAGAAAAAUAGAUUUGAAGUACUACAAGCAAUCGAAGGUAUGAUAAUAAGGAAAUACAAUAUAACAGAAGAGGAUUUUCGCGUGAUGGAGACGGUGGUCCUCAAGUCUGAACCGCAUAAAGCUGGCCAGCAGUGGAAAUUCACUGGAGCGUUCUAUUAUGCUACAACUGUGCUUACUACUAUUGGUUAUGGACACUCAACACCAGCGACGAUUGGUGGAAAAUUAUUCACAAUGUUCUAUGCGAUAGUGGGGAUACCACUUGGUCUGAUCAUGUUCCAGAGUAUCGGUGAACGGGUUAAUAGACUAAGCAGUGUAAUAAUAAAGUCGAUCAAACGUGCCAUGAACUGCAAGCAGACGAGUGCGUCGGAGGUGGAUCUGAUCUGCGUUGUGACGACACUGUCGUCGCUGACCAUCGCGGGCGGGGCGGCGGCCUUCUCCAAGUUCGAGGGCUGGAGUUACUUCGACAGUGUCUAUUACUGUUUCAUCACUUUGACCACAAUAGGUUUUGGAGAUAUGGUAGCGUUACAGAAGGACAAUGCACUCAACCGGAAGCCGUCAUAUGUGAUGUUCGCACUGAUCUUCAUAUUGUUCGGCCUCGCCAUUGUGGCGGCUUGUCUCAACUUGUUGGUUCUGCGUUUUGUCACGAUGAAUACUGAAGACGAGAAGAGGGAUCAGCAGCAGGCUGAACAAGCUCAACAAGUUGCGGUUAGAUUAGAAGGCGACGUGAUAACAGCAGACGGUGCGGUUCUACGCGGAGUGGCUCGGGGGACGCGACUGCCAGCGCCUUCGAGACUCGUGAGACCUGGUGACACGUCUAUGAUUCCGUUAUACGUUGACGAAGAUUAUCCUCCUAGCGUUUGCAGUUGUUCGUGUAGCUGUUUUGGACCAAAUAAAUCAAUACCUUACCGCGAUCCUCUGUCGCCCGUACCACCCACAAACAUAAAGCAGAUUAAAGCGAAAAACUAUCGCGAACUCGGUAACAUACCGCGUUAUAUUGAGAAAUCAUCAUCCAAGAAUCGUUCCCAGUCACUCCGCCUUAACUCCGCCUCCGGUUACUUAUAUAUGAACGCCAAAACUAACGACUUCCAACUCGAUCCCGAAGAUUUUCGCGAAAUGGUCGCGAAAAGACGCGAACAGUUACGCAAAGGGAUGGCUAGCUACGAAAUAACUAACGAACAAUAUUUAAACCCUUAUAGGAACAGCUUCAAUCGAACAGAAACGAGUCCACACAGCUCAUCCCUAUACUCGAUGAAUAUACGAUCGGAGAAUCGAAGCAACGAUCCGUUAGUCGACGAUUACGAUUCCGAGAAAUCGAGUUACGCAAAGAAAAAGCUAAUGAAGAACAUUGCUAGGAAUACGAAUAACAAACGAGUCGAGAACUACUUCUACGAUGACGCAGUGUUGCAUUUCGAUGACGAAUACGCAUUCGAUGGAUCGAUAUUAUUCGCUAAGAGGAGAAAAUCGAUUGAGGGUAACUGGGAGGAGUUUACGUGUGAAUUGCCGAAGAAUUCGAUAUACGAUCAAGUUUCGAACGAUGGUAGCUACGGCUACUACUUGCCUGAUGAUGAACAGGAACAGUACUUCGUGAAUGAUACCCUCACUUUCAAUUUACCGCCCCACCGAGCGAGUAUAUAGUGACGUGUAUUAGGUUAGUCUUAAAAGGGCCAAUUAAUAUAAAAAAGACUUGAAUUUUGCGGUAGUUAACGAUUCGAUCUAGCUUUUACACUUAGGUGGGUAGUUGCGGUUUUUUUUUUUUGAAUUCGUAAAUUACGGCUUGGCUUCUUGUAGAUAUUGUAAUAUAGUUACGCUUUGCUGAUUUAGGAUCUUUUCACGCACAUUUGUUGUUUAUU